AUGUCGCGACUCCUAUCUUCGGCUUUGUCGCUGCGGCGUGACCCGCGCAUGCUGAAGCUGCCCCCGUAUCUGUCACUGCUCUGCAUCAUCGUCGGCGUCGCCUGGCUCCUCCUGUUGCCCCUGGAUAGCUAUUCGAGACGGACGUACAUUUCCGAGAACGCACUCUUGCCAGGCCAAGUCCACACGUACUUCGGUGGCAGCGAACAGAACGUCUUCCGCGCUUACCGGCACGAGUUGGACGACCUGCGCGACAAGGAUAACUACGCGAUCAACGAUAGGCUUGAGACGAUACUCAAGGGGCAAGGGAUCAAGGUCGGUCGCCAAAACUACACCUAUCACUCGGCAGGCGAGGCGUACACGGGCGAGAAUGUAUACGGUAUCCUGCAGGCACCGCGUGGCGACGCGACCGAGGCCAUCGUCCUCGUUGCUGCAUGGAGAAGCGUGGAGGGUCAACUGAAUCGCAAUGGCGUGGCUCUGGCCCUGACCUUGGCUCGCUACUUCAAGCGCAAGUUCCCCUUGCCUGCCCUCUCGGCCCCCUUGACGCAGGGCUGGUCUCUCUGGUCCAAGGACAUAAUAAUUGUUGUGCCGCCCGACAGCAAGACUGGCACUCAGGCCUGGGUCGACGCGUAUCACGACGCCCACGACUCCAACAAGGUUGCGCCACUCCCGUUGAAGUCUGGCGCCCUGCAAGGGGCCAUCGCCAUCGACUACACCUCGGAGCAGCGGUUCGAAGGUCUUCACAUCAUUUACGACGGCACCAAUGGCCAACUUCCAAACCUCGACCUCAUCAAUUCGAUUGUAAAUGUUGCAAGCGGACAAAUGGGCAUUCAGACGGCGAUUCAGGACAUGAAGCAUCAUACGGACCGCUACCCCGAUCGUCUGCGAACAAUGCUCCGGGGCAUGCUCAAUCAGGGCCUCGGAAUGUCCGCCGGGCCUCACAGCAGCUUCAUUCCAUAUCAUGUCGACUCCGUGACGUUACAACCAUACGGGGAUGGCUGGCAUGACGAAAUGGCCAUGGGCAGGGUCAUUGAAGGCACCUUUAGGAGCCUCAACAACUUGCUCGAGCACCUGCAUCAGAGCUUCUUCUUCUACCUUUUGAUGCAUAGAGACCGCUUCGUCAGUAUUGGCACCUACUUACCCAGCGCCAUGCUGCUAUCGGCGAGCUUUACCAUUAUGGCCAUCUUCUUGUGGAUGAAAAGUGGGCAGACAAGUUCCCAAGACACUGCUCGCACGUCGGCGUCUUCGGCCAUCAAAUCCGCGGGGCGGGCGAACAAGCCGGACGAGUCUAUCAUCCCAGCAAGUCAGGCUGUCGAACGCGAUCUGUUUCUGCCUCUAGGAAUAGUUGCAGGAUGCCAGGCCGCAUCGCUCUUGCCCCUUUUCAUUUUCAACAACCUUCCGUCGACGUGA